CCUGGAUCCGGAUGUGCGCCUGAGAAUUCGGCCUUCUUGGGUAAAUUGGCAGCUAAUGCCCUCUAGUGGUGAGCUUUGGUUUAAAAUCAACUGUUCUGAUACCACGUUGCUGCACAGGACGCUUGCGUUAUAAAAACAAUGCCUGCUUCAAACAUGUUGCGCUUAAAUUGUGAGCAAUUAAAUAAGCUUUUCGCACGUACUAGACGGCACUCACUUAUAUGAAUACCAAGCUAAAUGUAAUCUCCCCGUGUAAAUAAUGAAAUAACUAAGUUCGCAAAUUCUAUCGAAAUGAAAAGGAUGCGUAAAGUAUGGAUUUUCUUUUGGCGCAUUUGUGUCUGGCAUUCUGCGCGGACAUCCCGCCUCACUAUCAGGACCCCAGCCAGGGAAAAUGGCGGCGCCCAACCAAAUCGCCAGGGACUUUGAAAACUGGCUGAACGAGCGGUUGGAUUCCCUCGAAGUAGACAGAGAAGUUUACGGAGCAUAUAUACUCGGAGUGCUUCAGGAAGAGGAAAACGAUGAAGAGCAAAAGGACGCUCUUCAGGGCAUCCUGUCCGCUUUUCUGGAAGAAGACACGCUUGAGGAGGUUUGCCAGCAGAUCUUAAAACAGUGGACUGAGUGCAGCAGAUCUGCAGUGAAGGGUACUCAGGGAGAUGCUGAGGUUCAGGCUAUUGCCAGUUUGAUAGAGAAGCAGGCACAGAUUGUGGUCAAACAGAAGGAGGUGUCAGAGGAAGCCAAGAAGAGGAAAGAGGCUCUACUGGCACAGUAUGCUCAAGUCACCGAUGAGGAGGAUGAAGAUGAUGAGGAAGAACCUGCUGCAGUGGGUAUACCCAGUGAAAAAUCCCCAGCCCUGUUCAAAAACACCAAUGUCGAGGAUGUUUUGAACCGCCGCAAACAGCAGCGUGACCAGGCCAGAGAGGACGCAGAGAAGAAGAAAGAGCAGGACAAGAUGCAACGCGAGAAAGACAAACUGGCCAAGCAGGAGCGCAAGGACAAAGAAAAGAAACGCACACAGAAGGGAGAACGCAAGAGAUAGAGAGAAAAUACAGAGCAAGAAAACUUUUGUGGACUAUACGAUACCAAGGUCAUUAAUCUACAAGAGAAAAAUACAAUGAGACCUCAGCAAACAAUGCCCCAACUAACAAUGUAUGCAUCCAUAUCCUGUUUUGGGUCCGAUAGUGCUUAUGGAAUGAUAAUGUUGGGCCGAUUUAGCUGUUUUCUUGGCUUGUAAAAAAAACAACAAAUGGCAAACCAGCAAACUGAGUGAGAAUUGUAUCAUGACCCAUUCAUUUCUACAGGUGCUGACUGUUGUGCUACUUAUUUAAGGGUAAAUCUCACACACCCUGUCAAAAACAUGUUCAGGUUGCAUUUCAACCCAAAAAUCAUAAUUAAUAAUUUGGUGAAAGACCAUUUCCCCUUUAUUGUCAUUACUGUGUUACAUGAAUAUUUAAAUUGUAAAGUAUAAUGUGG